GACUCUGUUGACCACACUCUUCUUCACUGCCCAGUCUCCCUCCAUCUUUGGAACCUUUUUGGUAACAGGUUUGGAGGUCCCCUUCCACGGCUAGGUACAAGCAUCACGCAGCAUUGCAUGGCACGGUGGAUUGGUACUAGGGGAAUAAGAAAUGGAUGAAAAAGACUACUGAUCAAACACAUGUGGGCAAGGGUUAUUUUUGGCUUAGUGGGAAGAGACUUACGGAAGACUCCAGUAUCAUUUUACACAUUGCCUCUCUCACAAACGAAGAAAAAGGUUGAGGCUCAUAGAGGCGAUUGAGGGGACUGGCCUGGCAAUACCACUACCUGCGACGAGUACAAGUAUAGAACUCCAAGUUUUCUUCCUUCAACGUGGCGGCAACAUCUAGACUGCGCAGUGGUGCUCAAUAUGUGUUCGAUGAAUUGCCUCAGCGAGAUAGAGGGUGCAGGACUACAGCCAUGCCAUCUUCAAGCUCUUAUUCUUUCCAGGAUUGCCCACUCAAACUCUCUUAUCAACUUUAUAGGAAAUGAGGGAUAUGCACCACAUGAGGACAAUGCCUAUGCGGGGACAACAUUCGCACAGGCUUUAUAUGUCUCUGCUCUAUUAUAAAAGCACCUGCUUGAACACUAUUCAAGUAUCGACAACUAUGCUAAUGGAGAUGAAACCCACUGGAUAUGGAGAUUUAUUUAUCCAAUACAUCCUUGAUGCACACUCAUAACCAAAAAAAAUGAUGGCACCUAGCUUGGUUUGUGUUAACAAUGCUUUCUUUAAUGCCCAAUUGGGCAGGAAAUCAAAUACUAAUAAUAUA